AUGGAGGGCAAGGCCGAGCCCGAGGUGCGCUUCGUGCCUCACGAGCAGUUCGACAGCGCUCCCCUCCCAGUCAACAAGUUCCGCUGGCCCUACGUCUACCUCUACGUUGCCAUCUGCAAGGUCAGCUUGUGCCUGCCCAGUGGUGUGCUAUCGCUCGUUGCUGGUUCGUCGCUGAUCGUGAGCUGGGUUGGCGAGGACAGGAGGGAAUGGCUCCUGUUGCUGCUUCACGUGGGCAAGGUGCCCGUCCGGAAGGACAUGUUUCGCAAGAUCAACCGCAUCACCUACGACACCAAGCGCGAUGGGUUCGAGCGAUGCGUGGAGAUGAAGCUCCCGGACGCAGAGGGAGGAGACAAGGAAGGACUGGACGAGUUCACCCGAAAGCUGAGGGUUUGCGUGGGCAACAGCCUCGGCAAACAGAUCAACUUUUAUCAGGCCGAAGUGGACAAGCUCUACGAGAGUCGCGCCAUCCCCGGCUGGAACUAUUGCAACUUCUUCGCUGCCAAGGAAGCGCUGGCGUUCACGUUUGUGCGAGCCAACAUGCUCGAGGAGGCGCUCACACUCUACGAGGAGCUGGAGGACCAGUUCUACCAGCUGAAUGGACUCGAGCGCCGGGACAGGCCCACCAGCGACGAGACGCCUGAAACCCAAUCUGCCGGCAGCUCGCCAGAAAUGACCAGCGCCAGCGAUGUCGACAAGAGCGUAUCCGCACCGGCCUCACCGUCGAGCAUGCGAAGAUCGAGCCUCAACAUCAGCGGCACCGGCAGCGGGAGUUCGGGCUCGCCCACGUCGUCUCCGUCUUCGCUUCGACGCACGGAGACAGCGGCGACCGUUGUUGCGUCGUCGUCGCCGACGACGACCGAGAGUCCACCGCCGGCAGCGGCAGCAGCACUCAAGACGGCCGCCAAGAAUCGCAGCUUCUCCCAGAGCGAGGGCAGGGCCGUCCAUCACCGGCCCGGUGACCGCGAAGCCAGGAGGGAUUCGAGGUCGCGGUCCUCUUCUUCUCUUGGGCGCCAGGCGCCCGCCAAGCUCCCCACCAUGGACAAGUUCGGCGGCGAAUCAGGCUCCGACAAGUCGUCCGUGCUCGACGUGACUGUGAAAGACUACCGCAAGCUCAUCUUCGAAAAUGCCAUCUCCGAGUUCGACUUCAGGAAAUACGUGUUUGCGCGCCAGUCCGAGUUGCGUUUCAUGCUCCAUCGGCCGUGGGAUGUGGCCUCCAACGCGGUCCUCUUCAUCCAAAUGCUGUCUCGAGACCUCCAGAAGAAGAAAACGCCCGCCAGCGAGGAGACACGCAACUUUUCGAUAUCGUGGGUGUUCUCCGCGUGCUUGUGUGUAGUCGACGCGUGCCAGGAGGCCGCCAAAGCCAUGAAGUUCGGAGACUUUGCCGAGAAGAGCCAACAGCCCAAGGAACUCAACCCACAGGUCUUUGCAUCGGACUUUUUCAUGCUGUCGGCAGCGUUGGGCGAUUUGAGCAACUACGCGCGAACAAAGCUGAAGGAGCUGGGCAAGCUGCAUGGGCUCUUCGACGACAAGGCGCCGCUCGUUCUGCCGCCCGACCCCGGGGCCGUGGAUGACUCCUCCGCUUCGUCGUCGUCGUCGUCGUCGUCGUCGUCGUCGUCGAGUUCUGCAGCUGAGGAGACCGCCAACCCCGGCGAACAAGAAGCACCACCUACAGACGAUGACGGCGUGGAGAAAGAAGGCGAGGGCGACAACAACGGCAAGGACGACAUGGCUAUUCCUCCUCGCGCGCCGGGCAUCACCAACGCCAGUCUCAACCGCGCGCUUCGUUCGCAGAAAGAGUUCGACCAGCUCUAUAUGGAUGUGAGUAUGCAGGCAGUGCGCUUCUACAAGACAUCCAUGCGCAAGAGGCUCAAGCAACACGUCAAGGAGGAGAUCGCCAACCUGUUCCUUGUGAGGGGCGACUACGCGAAGGCCGAGGCCAUGUACAAGUCGCUGUCCCAGCGGUAUGCGAAGGAACGGUGGCUGCUGCUCGACAACACCAUCCAUGCCAAGCUCGCCCACUGCCAGCUGCACCUGCGGGACUACGCCGGCUUCCUCACGUCGGCGCUCGUCCUCCUCUCCUUCGAGUCGCGAAGCACGCGCGAAGACAAGGAGGCCCACCUCAAGCGCCUCUGUGCCGUGGCUCACCACCACAUCCCGCCGGGCUCGGAGCUGAGCAUGCGCCAGGUGCUGCGGGUCACCGCGCUCACGGUCAGCCAGCAGUCGUUCACCCUGGGACAGACCCUGUCCCUCGACUUUGUGAUCGAGUCGAGCCUCCCCUCACCGGUGGUGUUUCAGGGGCUGCGGGCGGCGUUUGUGGACCAGGAGGAGGCGGCAAAGGCCGCUGCGGCCGCGGCCGCGGCUACGGCUGCCGCUUCCGCCCAGCCCUCGCCGGGCGCGCCGCUGCCUUCGCCGCGCAACUCCCACGAUAUCGGAGAUGCUGCGCGGGCCGCCGACGCCAUCGUACUCGCGCAGAGCGAUGUGUGCCUGUCGCCGGGCGUCAACAAGUUCACGCUGUCGACUAGGGCACGGCCGGCCUCGCUCUCCAUUGGCGUCGCUCCAGUGGACAAGAAGGGCAAAUUCAAGCUCAGAGCGAUUGAGGCCGUCAUUGGUCAGCUCCGGCUGACCGAUUACUUUGACGGCGUGCCCGACAAGGAGCGGAUCGAAGUAGCGGUCCAGGAGAAUGAAAGGUCCCUGCAGAUGGGAAUCGCACAGCAGUCGCCCUACCUGCUGGUCGGCUAUCCGCAGACUCUGCUGCUGACGCUGCACACCAAGCAGGACUCCUUCGCGGACGCGUCGGUGGUCUUCUCCUCGGCCACCCUCCAGCUCCUCUCGUCGCCCGUCACGGCCACCGUCAAGUCGGCCAACGGCGAAAAGAGGGAGAUCAGCGUCCAGCUCCGGGAGGAGUCUAACGAGUUGCGGCUUCCGCCGUGUGAGGAGCAGUCCACUGUGCAUCUGUCGUUCAGCGCGCUCGCGCCGCCCAACACCGGAUUCAACCACCAGGUGACUGCUCGACUCGCGUACCGGCGAAUGAGCGGCGAGAAGAUGGACGCAACGGUCUCCAGCGCCUUCUACUUCGUCCAUCCCUUCUCGCCCAAGACCUUUGUGGUCCCCUUCGGGCCUCGGCUGUUCGUACAGGUGGUGCUUCGCUGCCAGGUCGGGUGGACGCGAUUGCUGGACUACCGCCUCCGCUGCGCUCCCAGCCACCGGCUCAUCCACGAAGCCAACACUAUGCUGGUGGGGCAGACUGUCAUCAACGACCAGGAGCUGUCGUUGGUGUUUCAGGUCGAGUCAGCCGGUGGUGGUGGCGAAGAAGCGACUGAGGACAGCCAGCUGGAUAUCAACUACCAGUUGGAGGGCUCAGACGAAUCGUUGCCUCUGGCGUUCACCUGCCCCAUCUCGCUCGACCUGCCCAAGCACCUGUACGAGGUCCAGAUGGAGUACGCCGACAGUGGGGUUGUGGGGAACGUGAUUCCUGUGACGCUCCACAUCAUCCGCCUGGCUUCCUCCUCGUCCAAAGAUGAGGGCCUGGCGUACGAGGUGCUCCCCAAGGAGCCCUGGCUCGUCCUCGGUCUCAAGAAGGCUCGCUUCACAUUGGCCGUCGGAGAGCGGCGGACGUAUCAGUUCAAGCUGCUGCCUAUCAGCCCGGGCUAUCUUCCGGUGCCCGCGGUGACGAUCCACGGCGUGCCCAUGGCGCAAGUGAGGUGCCUGCACUCGGCCAGGCAGAUCCACGUCCUGCCCAAGGAGACCCUCUCCUCCUACUUCACCUAA